AUGGCAGCACCAACGAGUAAACUUACUCCAGAUGAAGAUAGCAUCAGAAUGAUGCUUACAGCUAAGGUCCACAUUGGAACUAAGAAUGUUGAAAAUAAGAUGAGAAAGUAUGUGUAUAGCCGAACACAAGAAGGCGUCCACCUAAUCAACCUCGCCCAUACACUUGAAAAGCUCAAAGUGGCGGCCAGAGCAAUUGUCACAGUCUCAAACCCAGAGGAGGUCGUGGUAGUUAGUGCCCGCCCCUACGGAAGUAGAGCAGUGCUCAAGUUCUCCCACUACGUUGGAUCACACCCAAUUGCCGGACGCUGGAUUCCAGGAACACUUACUAACCAAAUUACACAAAAGUUCAUUGAGCCAAGACUAUUGGUUGCCACAGACCCAAGAACAGACGCACAAUCACUCAAGGAAUCUUCCUAUGUCAGUUUGCCAGUAAUUGCCCUGUGUGACACAGAUUCUCCACUAAACUACGUCGACAUUGCAAUCCCCUGUAACAACAAAGGAAAGGAGUCAAUUGCCCUCAUGUAUUGGCUCUUGGCAAGAGAAGUGCUCUACCUCAGAGACCAACUCAAGCGCUGGAUGCCCUGGGACGUGCUCGUCGACACCUUCUUCUGGCGUGAUCCAGAACAGUUUGAACAGAAACCAGAGGAGACAGUUAAUACACACGAAGAAGACUUGAUGGCCUCAAGGCCAAAUGUACCACUACACCCACUCCCUGACUGGAGCACAGUAGACCCAUCCCACGCAAACUCCUCAGACUGGAAAGUAAUGGCAGCAGGACACGAGGAAUGGGGAUCAUUCGUAGAUACCAGAGCUCAAUGGCAAUAA